UGGAGUGUGAGGUUACCUUCUCUUCCCCAUUCCCAUUCACACCCAACUCACAGACCUUCACAGACUCUGCAGCCCGUUCAUUCACCCCCAGGCCAGCAAAGCCAGUUUGUAAAUAAUUCCAAGGCCAUGUGUAGAAGCCGGGUACUCUCAACAUCAGAUAUCAUAUCUUGGAGGAAGUUACCUAAACCCUGAAGAAUUAUCAUGUCUGCAAAUUUCAAAAUGGACCAUAAAAGAGACCAGCAAAAAUCCACCAAUGUGGUCUACCAGGCCCAUCAUGUGAGCAGGAACAAGAGAGGACAAGUGGUUGGAACCAGGGGAGGAUUCCGAGGAUGUACCGUGUGGCUAACAGGUCUCUCUGGUGCUGGAAAAACAACCAUAAGCUUUGCUUUGGAAGAGUACCUUGUAUCUCAUGCCAUCCCAUGUUACUCCCUGGAUGGGGACAAUGUCCGUCAUGGCCUUAAUAAGAACCUGGGAUUCUCUGCCGGGGACCGAGAAGAGAAUAUCCGUCGGAUUGCGGAGGUGGCCAGGCUCUUUGCCGACGCCGGCCUGGUUUGCAUCACCAGCUUUAUCUCUCCUUUUGCAAAGGAUCGUGAGAAUGCCCGAAAAAUCCACGAAUCAGCAGGACUCCCGUUCUUUGAGAUCUUUGUAGAUGCGCCUUUAAAUAUCUGUGAAAGCCGAGACGUAAAAGGACUCUACAAACGAGCCCGAGCAGGAGAGAUUAAAGGGUUUACAGGCAUCGACUCUGAUUAUGAGAAACCUGAAACUCCAGAGUGUGUGCUGAAGACCAACUUGUCUUCAGUAAGCGACUGUGUGCAACAGGUGGUGGAACUUUUGCAAGAGCAGAACAUUGUACCCCACACCACCAUCAAAGGCAUCCACGAACUCUUUGUGCCAGAAAACAAAGUUGAUCAAGUCCGAGCUGAGGCAGAGACUCUCCCAUCACUAUCAAUUACCAAGCUGGAUCUGCAGUGGGUGCAGAUUCUGAGUGAAGGCUGGGCCACUCCCCUCAAAGGCUUUAUGCGGGAGAAGGAGUACUUGCAAACUCUACACUUCGACACACUACUGGACGGCGUGGUUCCCAGUGAUGGAGUCAUCAACAUGAGCAUUCCCAUUGUAUUGCCCGUUUCUGCGGAUGACAAGGCCCGGCUCGAAGGGUGCAGCAAAUUUGCCCUGGUGUACGAAGGUCGGAGGGUCGCUCUAUUACAGGACCCUGAAUUCUAUGAACAUAGGAAAGAGGAGCGUUGUUCUCGUGUGUGGGGAACAGCCACUGCAAAGCACCCCCAUAUCAAAAUGGUGAUGGAAAGUGGGGACUGGCUUGUUGGUGGAGACCUACAGGUGCUAGAGAGAAUAAGGUGGGACGAUGGGCUGGACCAAUAUCGCCUUACGCCUCUGGAGCUCAAACAGAAGUGUAAAGACAUGAAUGCUGAUGCCGUGUUUGCAUUCCAGCUGCGCAAUCCUGUCCACAACGGCCAUGCCCUCCUGAUGCAGGACACCCGCCGCAGGCUCCUGGAGAGGGGUUACAAGCACCCAGUCCUCCUGCUCCACCCUCUUGGGGGCUGGACCAAGGACGAUGACGUACCUCUGGAAUGGAGGAUGAAACAGCAUGCAGCUGUACUGGAGGAAAGGGUCCUGGAUCCCAAGUCAACUAUUGUUGCCAUCUUUCCAUCUCCUAUGUUAUACGCUGGUCCCACAGAGGUCCAGUGGCAUUGCAGGUGCCGGAUGAUUGCAGGAGCCAAUUUCUACAUUGUGGGUAGGGAUCCCGCAGGAAUGCCCCAUCCUGAGACAAAGAAAGACCUAUAUGAACCCACCCACGGGGGCAAGGUCUUGAGUAUGGCCCCUGGUCUUACCUCUGUGGAAAUCAUUCCGUUCCGAGUGGCUGCCUACAAUAAAAUUAAAAAGGCCAUGGACUUUUAUGAUCCAGCAAGGCACGAGGAGUUUGACUUCAUCUCAGGAACUCGCAUGAGGAAGCUCGCCCGGGAAGGAGAAGAUCCCCCAGAUGGCUUCAUGGCCCCGAAAGCGUGGAAAGUGUUGACAGAUUACUACAGGUCUCUGGAGAAGACCAACUAGGUGCUCCUGGCUCUGGCUUCUUUCUCAAGUGCUCUCUGACGAUUAUUUUUUUUCUAUUUUUGUGAUUUAGCUGCUCUGUAUUCAGUUGCUUCUCGGUGACUUUUUAAAGCUAGUAUUUUUGCAAUGAAGUAAAAGGCUGUACCCAUAAUUUAAAACCAAGUUCAUUAUGUCUAUGAAGCUCACACUGGAGACUGAGUCUUAGGUGAAAGCAAUAUCGUUGUACGUUCCAGAAUGAAAGCACUCUCACUGUACUUCAUCUCAGCCGGUAUGUCUCAGAUUUCUUAAAAAUGUGACUGUGUGGCUAGCUGCCUAGCCCAGAACAGAAUCGUACUUUCCAGCUUACUUGUGCCAGCCUGGAAUCUCAAUGUCACUUACCAAAAGAAAACACACACACACACACACUGUCGCUUUGAAGGAAAUGUGUUUUACAUCAGGACUCUUACUUCAUGACUACACAUACCCUCACGGCCCAAUGGACGAGCUGAAGAUGCAACUGGAAGAAAAAUAUGUGUGAAGAUGUGAAUUAAGUCUUAAGGAACAAUGUAAUUUAUGUCUGCCAUGAAAAUGUCAUCAUCCAAUAGCGAGAGACGCUCUAACGGCCUUCUAUGAAUAGUUACUCUAGUUUGGCUGGUACUUUUCAAAAGCAUGGUAUGCUUGGAUCAAAACAAUUUUUCCCCCACAGACUAAACCACCAGGAUAUAUUGUAGACUACUUUCCCCACACUUUGCGGUGGCCAUAGUUAUUAUAGAAGCACCUAAGUGAUCGCUGUAAUCAAAACCAAUCCACAUAUUAAUGAGAAGCUAAAACUUGAUUUAAAAUAUAAAAUCCAAACAUCAUCCUAGUGAAGAUAUAUACACAUAAGUUUUGAGAGCUGCUGAACAUGUAAUAUACAAAGUUGACAUUAGUGAAUACUGCCGACACUGAAAGACUGCCCAGCCCACCAUCCUCCUAAGCUAGGGCCCUGCCUACCCUAGACAACACAGGGACAGGUUCCGAUUUCCUGAAGCUACUUAGUGAAGCUCUCCUUGAGGAUGCUAAAAAGCAACCACCUUGGAGACCGACGGUUUAGGGUAUCCCAAACUCUUGAUGUUGUAAGUUUCCAGAAUGAACCUGGUAUGAGAUGUCCUUUGAUGGUUUAUUUGCUAAGAGGGAAUUUUGGUUAUUGUAUGCAUGGUUCAUUGUUGCCAAGGAAUACAUAAGAGAAAAAGCAUCUUUAUAUACAGGUUUCUUUGGAAGAGACCACAGACUGAAAAGAGAAACUGAUUUUUUUUUUCAUACUGCCACGUUUUUUUAAAUGCUAGGAAAAGCGCUAUGGAGAGUAAGUUAUAUACUGUGACCACAGCAAAGUGAGUCUUCAACUGUGCGGUGCCUGUGCUCACUUACGUCAGAGCUAUUUAUUCACUGCCGCCUUUAAAGCUAUGUAUUCACUGAAAACAUGACAGGGUUGUAGUGCCUUAGCAAAUGAAGUUGUGAUUUUAAGACAGUAAAGUGCCUUUCUGCUGUAGCACACAGUAUAACUGUUCCAGUGUCCCGCUGAUACUUGUUCUUAUUCAAUAAAUCUCUCAAAAGAC